AUGCUGCCCAGAAAAUUAAAAUUGCACUCAUGUAAAUAUGCCUUGUACACAUUCCGACUACAGAGCACUCACACCAAGAUUCCAUACAAAAAUUUAGUUAUUGGAGUAGCUAAAGAGGUCAGCGAUGGUAAGAGACUAUCUUUCAGUUAGUUCUUGAACUUUCUUAUUUUAAUCUAGUGUAACAUACUUUUGUUAUAGCCCAAUAAAUCUCAUAGAAGACUCAUAUUACAGUUUGUACCCUACUCUAGACCUGUAAAAAGGUAGGGCCGGGCCCUAUUUUUCGGCAACCAAUUUGUUUCGGCCCACGACCCUCUGGCUGAAAAGGGUCGGCGCAGACUAAUCACGUUCCUACUGAGCCCGUUUCAGCUCUGCCCUACCCUUCUCGAUCUUACCUACUAAAAAAGACGUCACUUAUAGUCAGCAAACUCUAUGGCAAUAUAAAUUUUCUAAUUACAGGUGAAACCAGAGUAGCAAUAACUCCAAGCUCAGUAUCACAUCUAACCCAGAAAGGCUUCAAAGUUGUGGUAGAGAAAGAUUCAGGUAGUCUAGCAGCGUUUAGCAAUGAAGACUAUCAAAAAGCUGGUGCUGACAUUACAGAUGAUGGAAAGAGUAUUCUCCAAAGUGACAUUCUACUUAAAGUAAGUACUACACUUUUUCUUCAUAUACUCUACUGUCUAUCUAAAUCAGUAUUUUUCUCACCUUAUCAAUAUAUAGGUAUCGAAAAAUUUUUAAUAACUAUAAAAUCGACCAAUUUUAAAACAUUGUUUUAGGUCCGGCCACCAUUAGCAACAGAGAUAAAAAAUCUAAAAGACGAAUCAACCUUGAUAUCCUUUUUCAAUCCUGUAGCUAACAAAGAUGUUAUAGAAGCGUUGAAACAAAAGAAAUCGACCGUUUUUGGUAUGGAACUCAUUCCUAGAAUCUCCAGGGCUCAAGUAAGUAUCUAUAACAUUAUCAUUACUUUAAGUAUAGCAUUAUCAUUACCUCAAAUUAUCGGAAAAAACAAUUUUUUGACUAAAAAUCUAGAUGAAUAUCAUAUCAGAUCACUAUCACAAUACUGAUUAAACCCACUAAAACUGUUCUUUAGGUAUUCGACGCCCUAUCCUCAAUGGCCAACAUAGCCGGCUACAAGGCGGUGAUCGAAGCCUCAAACCAUUUCGGCCGCUUCUUUGGUGGACAAAUCACCGCCGCCGGCCGAAUACCUCCUGCCAAAGUUCUAGUGAUUGGAGCCGGAGUAGCAGGCCUCAGUUCAAUAGGUACGGCCAAGAAUCUGGGCGCUAUUGUUAGAGCCUUUGAUACUCGACCUUCUACUAAGGAACAAAUCACGUCUCUGGGUGGUGAAUAUUUAGAAUUGAAAGGUCUGGAACUUGAUGAAGGUACUGGAGGAUAUGCUAAUGAGAUGAGCGCUGACUUUUUAAAGGCGGAAAAAGAAUUAUUCGAGAAGCAAUGUAAAGAAGUUGAUAUUAUCAUAACCACAGCUUUGAUUCCUAACAAAAAAGCUCCGGUUUUGAUAACGAAAGUAAGUGAAAUGUAAAAUAGAAUCUUAAAAUAUCUUUUGUAAAAUACGCCAUCGAACCAUUCCAACGUUAUAAAACAUAUUACUCAUAAAAAUUUUAAAAAUUUAGGAAAUGGUAGACCUAAUGAAGCCAGGUAGUGUAAUAGUAGACUUAGCGGCCGAAAAUGGAGGUAAUGUAGAGACAACCAAACCUGGAGAGCUAUACGUAUCAGACAAUGGAGUUACUCAUAUUGGCUAUACCAACAUGGCGGCCAAACUCCCCACUCAAAGUUCUACGCUUUACUCGAAUAACAUCACUAAAUUUCUAUUGAGUCUAGGUAAGUGGACUAUAUUAGCUUUGGCUGUCUCGAAAAGCUAUAUUAGAUAGAGGAAAGUAUCAAACAGAUGAGAACAAGACAUUGUUAUAGUAACCUAUAACAUAACCCUAAUACUAGCUAUUAAAACCCUAAAAUCGACCUUCCAGGCGACGGAAAAGAAAACUUCUAUGUUAACCUAGAGGAUGAAGUCACUCGAGGAUCAAUAGUACUAAACAAAGGUGAAUUACUAUGGCCGCCACCUAAAAUAGAAGCCAAAAAGCCAGCGACACAAGCUAAAACAGAGCCAGAAGUUAAGAAAGCAGAAGUAGUACCAAACCCAUUCCAAGACACGCUACGCAAAGCUUUUAUCUACACUGGAGGACUAACUGGAGUAAGUUCCAUGGGUAUCGUCAGUCCUAAUGCUCAAUUCAGUCAUACUGCUACCGUCUUUGGGCUUUCUACUAUUGUUGGUAAGGUUUGAACGUUAAAGAAAAAACUUAGAAAAUUAAGGAAAAACUAUAUAAAAUAAAAAUGGCAAUUCUCAGAACGCGUAUUUUCAAAAAGAACUAAAAAUUUGCUUUUUAACAUCCAAAAAUAACCUUAUUUAAGCCAAAAACCACCAAAAACAAUAUUACUUUAGGUUACCACACUGUCUGGGAGGUCAAACCAGCCCUACAUUCCCCACUAAUGUCCGUAACUAAUGCCAUCUCAGGGCUCACAGCUGCAGGUGGUAUCUGCUUAAUGGGUGGAGGCUUACUACCAUCAACUACUGCCCAAACUCUAGCAUUAGGAGCAACAGCACUAUCGGCAGUCAAUAUUGGCGGAGGAUUUGUGAUCACAAAGAGAAUGUUAGACAUGUUCAAGAAACCAAGUAAGUGUUGUUUUAAAUUCUCAAACCUUACAAUUGGUAAUCUAGCGAUUAAAAACCCAAUGAGUCUUAUUUUGAAUGCUUAUUAUGAAUAAUAUUCACGUAAGCCUUAUUGACAUUGCUUAUCAUGCAUAAUAUCAAGGUAAGUCUUAUAUCAAGUGUUAAUCAUUGGUAAUUUUGGAUAUAGAAGUUGUAGUAGAUUAUGAUAAAAGUCUUGUAAAAGAUGCAAGAAGAUUUGAUACCUAGAUCAAACCUAAAAUUCCAAAAAAUCAAAAAGUACCUGAUAUUAUCCAUGAUCUUGGAUGAAGUUUGAUCAAUACACUUCUGUUAUUUUGAACGUUCUAAAAGCCGUACAAGAUACUGGUAAAGGUCCUGUAAAAGUUGCAAGAAGAUUUGAUACUUAAACAAUACCCAACUGCAUAAAACAAUCAAAGAAUACCUGAUAUUAUCCGUGAUCCCAACCAAAAUUGUUCAAACCUCAAAUUCCACUUCUAGCUGAUCCAAAAGAAUACAAUUACCUCUACGGCAUACCGGCUGGCACAUUCCUAGCCACAUAUUCAUUGGCUGCAUCUAAUGGUUUCACGGAAGUUCAUCAAUUCGCUGGACUAGCCGCUUCAUUAUGUUGUGUUGGAGCUUUGGCCGGGCUGUCAAAUCAAACUACUGCAAGGUUAGGUAACUCACUUGGUAUGAUUGGUGUUGCUGGAGGUGUUGGAGCCACCAUUGGUGCUUUGGGACCGGAAGUGGAGCAGUUGGUGCAGAUUGGAGCAGCUUUGGGAAUCGGGGGAAUGAUCGGCGCUGGUGAGUUAUAUUAACAUCGAUUUCGUGAAAAUUCUAAUUUAAAAAUUAAAAUUGACCUGAAGUUGUGAAAAUUAAUCAAAAACAGGCCAAGAAUAGGCAGUCUGCGCCCGCUAAAAUAAAAAGUUAGCCUUGCCGCCUGCGAAAUCGGUUUAUACGAAGGAUUUUCCCAAUUUCUCGGCCAAAAACCUUAUUUUUCGCUUUUCAGGUAUUGCGAGAAAGAUAAAUGUGACAGAACUACCUCAACUUGUAGCUCUAUUCCAUUCUUUUGUUGGUGCGGCUGCUGCGACAACAUGUAUAGCCGAGUUUUUGCAACAUUCGGCGGAAUUGGCUACUCCUGAAGGAAUGGCCAUCAAAACUGCGUUAUUUUUGGGUACCUUCAUCGGCGGAAUCACUUUCACUGGCAGUUUAAUGGCUUUUGGAAAGCUUCAAGGUAUGUUUUAAUUAAUGUGUUAUUGUUUUGUAUUUAGGAACAGUAAAUUCUGUAAAAUAUUGAUUUAGGUAUAUUAUCCAGCACACCUGUUAUUCUCCCCGGCCGUCAUUUCGUCAAUGGAGGCAUUGGCUUGGCAAAUUUGGCUGCAUUAGCUACAUAUUGCAAUACUGGAGAUCCUUCAACAUCUUUAGCAAUGUUAUUGGCGACGGCGGGCUUAUCAGCGACGAUGGGAACGACCUUAACCAUGGGUAUUGGUGGAGCUGACCAACCGGUCGUUAUCACGGUGCUGAACUCAUAUUCCGGAUGGGCAUUGUGUGCUGAAGGAUUUAUGUUGAAUAAUGAUUUGUUAACGAUUGUUGGAGCUUUGAUCGGAAGCAGCGGCGCUAUAUUGUCUUAUAUUAUGUGUCGCGGAAUGAAUCGGAGCUUGGCUAACGUUAUUUUGGGCGGAAUUCAAGGUGGACCAAGUAAAAUAAAGGCGCAAGAAGGUGAAGCUACUUUUACACACGUGGAACAGGUAGAGUUUUGGCUGUUUCUAAGGUUUUAUAUUGAUUUAGGUUGAGAUUUGGGAUCAAGACGUAUUUUUUUGAAAUUAUGCCAUUUUGAAUGUUUAUACCUAAAAUAUCUGACUAAAAUUGCUUUUUAAAGCUAGUUCAGGUUAAUAUAAAUAUUUAAAAUCUAAAAAUCUGUUUAAAUCUUCUUUAUUUUAGGUAGUAAACCAGCUCGAUUCAUCAAAGGACGUGAUAAUAGUCCCCGGAUAUGGUUUAGCGACUGCCAAAGCUCAAUAUCCUGUUGCUGAGCUUGUUAAAGCGUUGACAGAGAAGGGAUGUCGAGUUAGAUUUGCUAUACAUCCAGUAGCGGGACGAAUGCCGGGUCAAUUGAAUGUUUUACUGGCUGAAGCAGGAGUUCCAUACGAUAUUGUAGAAGAAAUGGAGGAGAUUAACGAUGAUUUCGGUAUGAUUUAAAUGUUUUUUGUUGGUUUUUAGGUAAUAUGGAGGCGGAGGAUUUAGUUUUUGAUUAGUUUUGGGAGCUGGCUUUGUUGUUUUAGGUUGAAAAUUGGGGAAAUGUGUAGUUGUAGGUGCACGUUUUGGGGAAAAUUGAAGUUUUAAGGUAAAAUACGAGAAUUUUAGUUUCUCCAUAAUAUUUUUUCUCAAAAUUUAUUCAAAUUUAGAUUAAAAGACAUCAUAUAAUUCCAGCCCAAGCCGAUCUAGCUCUAGUAAUCGGAGCAAAUGACACAGUAAACAAGUCGGCCGAAGAUGAUGCAGAUUCCCCAAUAGCUGGAAUGCCCGUAUUACAGGUUUGGAAGGCCAAGAACGUUGUUGUACUGAAAAGAACGAUGGGUCACGGUUACUCAGCAGUCGAUAAUCCACUGUUCUUCAUGCCAAACACACAAAUGCUCCUCGGAGACGCUAAAACAACUUGUGAUGCCUUGUUGGAAGGCGUCAAGAAGCUGUAG